CUUCCGUAUGUGAUUCAUUGCUGGAGCAGUUCUAUGUUUCUCUCUCUCUCUCUCCUCUCUCUCACUGUUUCUGCAAUGUGGUUUUCCUCUUGGUUAAGGCUUUCACAUCGCUGAGUUACCCAGUCUGGACUGCAUAUGCCACUGAAGCUUGGAGUUGUACACGUCCUUCUCACACAUUUGUAGGAAAGAAAAGGAUCAGAAUACCUUUCAGUCUGUGGAUAGAAGUACUGAAGUAUUUAAACCUUGAAGAAGUCAUUGUCAAAAUAAAGCAACAAAAUGAAGAGCGCAGCCAGGUCUGUGACUGUACCGCCCAAGCAAAGUAUUCCUAUCAUGGACAAAGGAAGACCUUCUACUAGUUCUACUGUAGGGAUAAAGCUCUCUAAAUCAUCCAAUUCUCUUAUUUUGGACUCUCGACUCAGCAAGCUAAAACGAGCCAGUAGUGAUGACAUGUUGGCACAGGCAGGUGGAAGCACUGCCUCCUCCAGGGUGAUGAAAAAGACAGUUACAGUGGGGGCAAUCCCAGAGCUCACAGAGGGUAAACUAAAGAAGGCAACUACUCUGGGUUCAAUCCCAGAGCCAUCAGAAAGCAAGAUGAAGAAGUCUGUUACUGUGGGGUCCAUCUCUGAGCUUUCGGAAAGUAAGACAAGGAAGAUUGUUCCUGCAGGAUCAACAGCAGAAAUCACAGAAGGAAGAAUGAGGAAAACUCUUACUGUUGCAGUCACAGUAUCUGAGCCCGCAGAAGGCAAGGUGAAGUCCAAUCCAGUUACUGUUUCAUCAAUAAGGCGUUCAGGUAUUCCAUCCCCUCGGGAACUUGCAGUACCAGUGUCACGAGAGAAAGUGCCUUUACAGAGGCCAAUCAGUAUUAAAAAGGGACCAUCCAGCCCAACAUCUUCUGUUACCCCUACACCCACUAAAUCAGUUCGUCCUUUGAUGAAGCUAAAGCCAGAAAAUGAGCCAAGUGAAAAGGUUGUCCUGGAGUCUCAUGUAAAGGAGCUGUUGGCAGAGGCAAAAACCAAAGAGUUAGAGAUCAGUAGAUUGCGCACUGAGCUAAAGAAAUGCAAAAAUCAGGGCAGAAACAGUCCUGACCCUGCUGCAAUCAUUGAACAGCCUCUUAGUGCAUUAGUACCUCAUUCUGAGCAGAAAGAGUCACCUAUUAAAGUGCUUAGAGAACAAAACAGCACCUACCAGCAGGAACUGAUCCAUCUCAGGGAAGAGAAUCGACUUCUGAAGAUGAAGCUUACAGCACUGGAACAUUCUUUGGGCUCUGAAAUGUCAUCCCUUAACAGUCCUUCAAGCCCAUCCAUCCAAGAUUCCAGUCUUGGAAGUCCUAUAAAACCAAGGAACAAAAACAAGGACAAAAAUAUUGUUGCCAUGAAUGGAGACCUGGUACAUAGUCCAGGUUCAACCAGCAGUGAUGUAACCAAGGCUUCCUCUUCAGCAGAUUGUUCUGAAUUUGAAAACAUCAAGGGUUUGUCCAGGGAAGACUCUUCCAAUAGUAAUGCUUCACCAGGUGGCCUAACGAGUAGAGAAGGGCCUCAAAAUGGAAAGCUGUCUUUGGCUUGCCUCACAGAGAAGAUUCACAAAAUGGAGGAGAAUCAGCACAGCACUGCUGAAGAACUGCAGGCCACGAUCCAGGAGCUUACUGAUCAGCAGCAAGUAGUCUUAGAGCUGACAGCAGAAAACGAGAAGCUGGCAGAGCAUAAAAAUUUGUUGCAAACUUCCUUGCACCAACAGAGAGAGCGCGUAGAUCAGCUGACACAAGAAAACAAGAAUUUAAUGCUGCUUUUGCAGGAGAGGAUUAAAAAUGAGGAAGAAAAUUCCAAGGGUAGCAGAACACUGGAACUAGAGCAGAAGUGCUCCGAGCUUGUGGAGAAUUCCAGGUUCGAGAGAGAAAAGCUGCUUAGUAUUCAGCAACAUCUUUCCAGCAGUCUACGGAAUUUGGAAAAGGAGCACCAUGAAACACAAGGCAUGCUCAAAAGUCUCAAAGAAGAGAACAGCCACUUACAGAGGCUUCUGGACUCUCAGCAUGAGGCCAAUAAUGUGACGGCCAUUAGACUGAAAGAGUUCGAGGUGGCUCUUAAUGAGCUAAAGGCAGAAAAUGAACGCUUGUCAACUCAACUAGAAACUGAAAAGGAGAAAGUUGCCGAAUUAAGGGCUAUACAGUGUGUCAGUGGAAAUUCAGAAUUAGAGGAACGGUUAAAGGCAGCACAUAUUGAGAAGGAGAGCUUAAAUUCAUCCUGUGCUGAUCUCAGAGAGGAACUGGUACAAGCCAACAGUGAUAUCGAACAGCUUCAGAGCUUGUUGUCAAAGGUAGAAGCAGAAUGCCAUAGGUUGAAAAAUGUUUGUGACAAACAGACAGAGGAGCUGAACAGAGUGAACCAACAACUGCAGGACAGAAAUUCAGAGAAUGAAGUGGAGAUAAAAGCUAUGAAGGAGACCAUCUUUGAGUUGGAAGAUCAGGUAGAGCAGCAACGGGCAGUGCAGCUUCACCGCAACGUGACCAUCAGUGACCUGCAAAACCAGGUUCAGGCACUAGAAGAAGAGAAGUUGGAGUUGGAGAAACGCCUGAAGACCCUUAGCAAACAGCUGAAGGAAGAUACAGAGGAGUGGAAACGUUUUCAGGCAGACCUUCAGACUGCAGUGGUGGUUGCGAAUGAUAUCAAAUGUGAAGCACAGCAAGAACUUCGGGCAGCCAAGAGGAAACUGCAGGAAGAAGAGGAGCGAAAUGCCAAACUGCAGAAAGAACUCCAACAGCUCCAGAGUGAGAGGCUGGGGCAUCAACAAGCUGAUUCAACGGAUGGUGAGCUGAAGAGUGGGUGGCAAAGGACUUCUCUUAGCCGUACGGUGUCUGUUCCUUUGGAGCCCUCGGCAACUGUUAAAUCUCUUAUCAAGUCCUUUGAUACAGCUGUUGCUGGGCAGUCGAUUCCUAUUCAUUCGGUACCUCGGAGUCCCUUAAGUGGAAUUCCUGUCAGGACAGCACCGGCAGCAGCUGUUUCUCCAAUGCAGAGACACUCAUCUUCUGGUCAUGCAAAGUCCAUAAGUAGGGUAACAGAAACAAGGAACAACCUUCUGGAUUUAACUUUCACAGAUGUGGUGAAAGGAAGAAGUGAAGACCUAAAACCAGAGAUGUUUCUUCGUAAAAGCCCUUCUCUGGAGUCAGUGGUGAAAACCCCCUCCAUUGUUCUUGGCACACAGAUUUCAUCUUCAACUCUGCCUAACCCCAAACCAUCAAGUAGGCUUAGCGUGGAGAGAAAGGACCCAUUAGCUGCUCUUGCCAGGGAAUAUGGUGGCUCUAAGCGGAAUGCCCUUCUCAAAUGGUGCCAGAAGAAAACAGAAGGUUAUCAGAAUAUCGACAUCACAAAUUUCAGCAGUAGCUGGGGAGAUGGGCUAGCUCUUUGUGCCCUGCUACACACUUACCUUCCUGCACACAUCCCUUAUCAAGAGCUCAGCACGCAGGACAAGAAACGGAAUAUUACACUGGCAUUCCAAGCAGCAGAGAGCGUUGGUAUCAACACUGCACUGGAUGUCAAUGAUAUGCUGAGCACAGAUCGCCCUGAUUGGCAGAGCAUGAUGCAGUAUGUAGCACAAAUUUACAAAUACUUUGAGACUUGAUGACGUGUAGGUAGAGCAAAGAUGGUGAGGAAUCAUGGAAGCACUCAGUCACUUUAAGGAGAAUACUAUCCUCUUACCAGAUGGAGGUCUUCAGAUUGAUUUUUGAACUGAAGUCAUCUUGAGGACUUAACUACGGCUCUGUGGAAACAUAUUGUUCCAGGACCAUGAUGUGCAACAUGAGAUCAGGUGCUUUAAUGCUGAGGUGGAAUUCUUAAGCAACCGUUUUGACUCCAUAAAAAGUUUAAGACCAAAUGGCAAUGUCUUCCCAAAAAGCAGACGUUCUGUUUUCUUUUGGCAUGUCAGAUUAACUGUUAUCCUGAAAAAAAUCACUUUGUCUUAAUUAAGUAAUUGUGUCUGUUAGGUAUUCUGUAUGUUCACUUUUUGCAUAUUCCUCUGAGCAAUAUUGGCAUUAAGAAAUGCCUACCAUUUUGUAUUUGCAGUAAAUUAUGAGGUCAUAGUGUAGCAUAAUUACAUCAGAUUCAUUGUGUCAUGGGAACAUUGACAAUGCAUUGCACAUCCAUACACACUAGUUAGACUCACUUGAAUUUUUUUAAAUAGCCAUAUACUGUAUGAAACUGCUAAAAUGCUAGUCAGAAAGUUAGAAAGUUAAUAAGAUGCAGGCACUCAGUUUAUUUCAAGUGGUCCUAUUUUUUAUGGCAAUAACUGUUUUAAGCAUCAUCUGAUACAACAGUAUGCUCUGUUUUAAAGAUGCAUUCAUACUAACUUUUAAUUUCUGUUUGAUUCACUUCAACAAAGUAGCACACUAAUGCAGUAGUAUCUACGCUGCAUAAGAAAACAAACCAUCCCAAUAUGUUGUGAGUAGCAGAUAAUAAGCUCUACAUCUUUAUUCAUAAUCCAGGUAGUGGAUAGCUGUUCAGUCUGAUAGGAUUCAUUUGAUUCGAAAGCUUCCUACAGUAUUGCAGCUCACCAAAACUUACCCUUGUUCUCUCUAAUGAAGCUUGCAAGCAUACGUCAAUAACAUAUUGCUAAUAUUUGUUGAAUAGACAGAAACAGUAUGGCAUUCUUAAUUAGUUAAUUUAUUUCAAAUUUUCUACACUACAGUUGUUUCAUUAAGUAUGCAGGAAGGAAGUAUUUAUUUAUCAUUUUAUACAAAGUAAGAUGUGAUAUACCAUAAAACAGUUCAUUACAUAAGCUGAUGAGAAUAGCAUACGGUUUUUAUGCAAAAUAGCUUUAAUUAAAUGAUCGGAAUAAUGAAUAAACAGGAACAGGGAAGUUGCUGUGCUCGUUGUCUCACUGUUGUACCCAGACCUUUAGUAACAGGUUAGUCAGUUUAUAUUUCCUAAAAUACUUGAAGUGAUAAGCAUAAAUACGCAUAGAUUUCAGCUGCCAAAAUACAAGAAAAGGAUUCAUUUAUAGAUUGCACAAUUCAGUCCGUCUUACAUUUCUUAUUCAGGAUCCUCUAGCCAUACCCCCCACAAUAAAACAAAUUACCUGUGAACAUGUGGGUGUAUAAAUACAGUGUGUGCAAAAGCUUAAAACACUGACGUUAGUGCAAGGUUGAACCAGUGAAACUAGCUGCAUUGGUAACUUCAAAAUUUGUAACACAGCACAAUGGAAUAUUUAAUAUUAUUUUCAAACAUGGAGCAGUGACUCAGCAAAUCAGAUGGCACUCAUCCAUUUACAGUCAAGCCUGUGAUUUUUGGGAAAACAUCCUAUAAAACAGGGUGAGGUCUAGUCUUUCCUUGUAAAGCUGGAAUACUCUUCCAAAGAGUAGGAAGCCUGUUUAUAAAAAAGAUAUUCCUUAACCUGUGACCUUCAGGUGAACUCAAAGUUUAAAGGCUUAGAGGUAUUGCUAUGUUGAUUCACGUGUUUAUAAAAAUGAUUUCUUGAUUACUACAAUAAAAAUUAUUUGUGCCUGUCGAGUAGUGGUCACCCAUGGCAGCUUUGCAAGUACAGUGUGCAUGAGGACAGGGAUAGUUCAUGUUCAAAACCAAAACAUAGCAAAUGAUUUCAGAAGGGACUCUAGGUUCAUUGCAAUGCAAUACCAAAAUCAUUUAUUUUUUGUUAACUAGGGGUUACAGAAUUUGUUGCCCUUGCAGAGUAUAAAGCAUAUCUUCCUCUGAAUACUGCGUUUGCCCAAAAUCUAAUAAGACAUCUAUGAGAGGCAGCUUUAUCUCACAGCCUGUUGUGCUAACCUGGUAAAAGCUCUCAUUUGAUUUAAAAUUAUCUAGGAAACUUCAUACAUUCAAAUUAAGUUUGGAUAUCUGGGCAGGUGGAAGACAAAAAAUAUUCAUUGACCAAGUUUGCUGGUCAUGUGGCAUUUAUGACUUUUAAAUUAUAACAUGUUCCUCUUUGUUCACAUGCCACCUAUAGUGUAAUCAUAUAUUUGACUUUUUACUUUACUCACCCACUAUCUAAGGGGAGACUUACAUGGGCUAUGUUCAUCCACAUUUGUGGAAAUGGGUUUACCCUGGCUUUAAUUACCAGUUGUGAAGUACAAGGAUUUACUUGUACUUUAAUCAUUUACCAUUCAGGCCAGAUAGUUAUUUGGGCAGGGGCUUAUCUAGGCUUUAUCAUCUUUUUGGACAACCACUGUGGCAUAUCAAAAAUGUAUUUACCGUUGCUGUUUACCAUGCACACUGGAUGAAUUGGGACUCUAAGUGGUGCAGCACAUGAAUAAUCAUGCAUCACACUGUCAGUAUGUCUAGCUUCAUGUAAAUGCCCUGUCAAAGCCAUGCAUACUCCUCACAUGGUCUUCUUAACAUCCCCCCUCACCACCUGUGUCAUAUACGUGGGCAAAACUGUGUUUGACACUUUUAUAUUCUAACUUACUUCAUGGGGAAAAAGCUUGGAAUGAAAAAAAAUCCUGUCAUUCCUUAGAUUCUCCAACUCAGAAAUGGUCCUUUUCUCUGAGAGACUGCAGCUUUGGAGUUGAUUAUGUAAGGCAGCAGGGAGUGUAGGGGUACAAUCCCAGCAUGGGUGGGUUAGCAGAUCAAGUCUCCCCCAAAGCAAAAAGAAGUAGGAUUCUCAUUUUUGUUUCUAGAACUACAAAUGCACUUUGGAUCAGCUGCAAUAACCUUAGAAAUUGUAAGUUUAGCAUUAUCAGUUUAAGACAGCUGACUUAUAUGUCCCCAGUACACAUCAUGUCCUCAUACCUCUCAGCCGUCCAGAUUUUUGCAGAAUGUCUGGGUUAGUGCCUCAUAUUUUUUUUUGUCUGUUCUUUAUAAAAUUUGUGGUUUUCUGGCAAAUCACAUGUAAAGGCAGAGUUUUUACUUGGGGUAAAGUACUGCAGAUGCAAGAAUUUGGGGCUUGUUAUCUCAUUCAUGGCAGUCAAGUACUUGUUGGUACUCUCAUGGAAUUAGUUUAUCGAGAAAAAUAACAUAAAAACCCAGCUCCUAACUAAAAACAGAGGUGCAUCCAGUGGGUCUUGCAAGUCCUGAUUAUGUUAAUAAAUUUUAUAGCUAUAGAUUUGUCUGUUUCAAAAUUAUGUUCCUUCAAAUAUAUUUCUGUAUUGAACGACUCUGACAAUGGACUUACUGCUAAGUAUAAAACUAGUGUAUCAGAUAUCUUUUGUUUAAUAAAUUAUGAGAUUACAUUUGAGAUGUUAGCUUGACUGUCAUAGAUUGCAGAGUACAGAAUGCUCAUUGCAUAUGCAUUGUUUUAUACAACAGUUGGUGGAGGAAGCUUAGGUCCAUGCUGACAUCAUGUAGGGUUUCACUGCUAUGAAAGGCAUCUUUUCCUAAGCUUCCUCCACCAACUGUUGUAUAAAACAAUACAUAUCAAAUGACUUCCAAAAGCUGAUGUAGGUAUCGUACUCUGCUACAAACACAAGACAACAAGCACCCAGCACCAUAUACAUCAAGUUGUUUCUCACACAAUAGAAAUUGAAAUUAGUCUAUAUGUAUUAAUAAAAAGCCAUGGAGAACCUUUUUCCUCCCAUCAGUUUUCGCAGUGAUGCUUACUAUUAGGAAAAGGAGGUAUAAAGUACAACUCAUAGAUGCACGGUUGUUACUAAUGAAGUAGAGUACUGCAAUACUAUUUGAAUUGCUUUGUUGGCCUGGCCUUGGAAAGUAAUGCUGACUGUCAAUAGAUUGACGGGACAGCAAAUGGACAUGCUAUGAAGAGCUGAGCUGUAAUAUAUGAGAGGCAUUCGUAUCUAAUGUGAACCCUAACCAUUGGGGACAGAUAAUGCUGUCUCGUGUGGAUCACAGACAGCAAGAGGUUUCUUAUCAGUAACUCGAUACACAGGUAAACAUGUUUAGCAAUGCCCGAAACUGUUCCAUGAAAAUCAGAAUAACGAAUGCCGGCAAACCUGAAACAAAUACCAAACCCUGAAAUUCCCUAUCGCUCUGGACCCAGGAACUAAUUAAUAUUACCAUUGGUUCAGAAGGGGGACAAGUUUGGACAGUCGGUAAUGUAAGUUUUCGACAUUCCAACAGUUAGGAUGUAGUAAUCGUGCUGGUGGACUCGACCACCUGUGUGUAGAGCUAUUGAUCGGAAACCCCAGCAGGGACAGGUGUAUAUUGUCUGCUGUGACCCCCAACCAGCAGAGACAGGUGUAUGCUAACACAAGCUUUUCUAACACAGAUACAGAGUCUUAUCUUUUAAAUGCUUGUUGGACAACAUGCCUUUCAGAGCACAUUGACCUAUCCUGAAUUACACUUCUGUAAUCAACUUUAUUUAGGCAGGUCCCCUACCCAGUGAAUAAAGGAAAAUCAGAUAAAGAACAGUUCAUCAAAUCGUCUUUGCUGAAUCCUUCAAAUACAGCAAGUAGAUUGAUUGGGGGAGGGGGGUUCCUACCUCUGGUAACAGAUGGAUUCAGACAAGAGGAUUUAAUAAAUUACUCACUGGACAGUUUUCCUUUGGCCACUUUUCAUACUCCUAAUUGGUCAUACCACUUUCUUUCAGUCCCUUUUCACUCCCAUAAGGUGCAAACUACAGGACACCCAUUCUUAAUUGUUUCAAGAGAAUGUUGUGAGGCACCCUGAAGGAAAACAUAUUAUCAGUGUGUAAAGGAGAAACAUGCCAAAAAUGUAAAAAAAAAAUAAGUAACUGAAACAUAUCUACAGUAUUGCAUAACGGCACACUAACAGAAAUGUACACUAUGGCAAAAAUCAAUAGUCAUAAAAAUGAAUAAACGGUCAGAAGUCAUUGAAGAACAAUACUAUAGAUUGUGUAAGAAGCAGUUGGAGACCAUCCUGUAUGAAAGGGUUUUAAAUGAUGUGAUAGUAUAUAAAGUAAGGAGACACUGAAGCAGUUUGUUGAGAGGUGCUGCAAAGUCUGAAAGAGUAAAAGGAAGAGGAUUUAUUCCUGAAAUGGAGACUUUAGUGCUUGUCUAUCUUCUUAUGUGAUUGUCAUGUCAGGCACACUACAUGAGCACUAGGUUCUGGGUAUAAUGGAGUGAAAGUGAAGCACAGGAAAUAACAACAACACUACAAAAUUGUGACAUUAGAAGAUAGUUGUAAGCAAUGUGCACGCAAUCAGUACUUUUUGCAAAAUAAAAUGAAUUAAAUGGCAUACAGGGUGCAUCAACUAUGACAUGGUGCCAAAAUUAAAACAUACAAGGUAUAUCAUUUAUGACAUAGUGCCAAAAUUACAGCUAAUGGAGAAUUGUACACGUGUGGGUAGAUGUUCACAACAGAGUAAGAGCAGCUCAGCAUUGAUCUGACAGCAGCUUAACUAAGAAGGAGUGCAGCAUAAACUCAGCAUUAAUCUGAAAGUAGCAUUACUAAGGAGGAGUGCAGCAUAAACUCAGCAUUAAUCUGGCAGCAGUUUUACUAAGGAGGAGUGCAGCAUAAAUUCAGCAUUAAUCUGGCAGUAGCUUUGCUAAAGAGUGCAGCAUAAACUCAGCAUUAAUUUGACAGCAGUUUUACUAAGAAGGAGUGCAGCAUAACCUCAGCAUUAAUCUGACAGCAGCUUUAGUAAGAAGGAGUGCAGCAUAAACUCAGCAUUAAUCUGACAACAGCUUUACUAAGGAGGAGUGCAGCAUAAACUCAGCAUUAAUCUGACAGCAGCUUUACUAAGGAGGAGUGCAGCAUAAACUCAGCAUUAAUCUGACAACAGCUUUACUAAGGAGGAGUGCAGCAUAAACUCAGCAUUAAUCUGAGAUCAGCUUUACUAAGGAGGAGUGCAGCACAGGUAUUUAGUUGAGAGGUGGUAUUGGAAUGUGCUUCGAUGUGUAGAGGAUGGCAUGUAGAUGGCGGAUGCCCUUGAGAUGACUGAGACUAUGGCUGAAGGACAGGCAGGGAAGAUGGUUGAAAGUAGAACAAAGAAAGUUGUUAAACAGUUGGUCAAGGUGAACAGGGAAACUAGUUCUACUACAAAUGUACAGUUUGUGAUAGGAAGUGAUGAUGGUAGGACAGAAAGUAACUAAUUUGUAGAAGAUCGGUAGAUAAGUACUGAAUAAGUAAUAUGUGAGCAGUACAUAAGGAAAAGAGGACUAUUGGAAAGGAGAAGGUAAACUGUAGAUAUAAGGCAGAUUAUGAAUGAGCAGAAGAUAGAGUUACCAGUAGGCAGGCAGUAGUGAGAUAGUUAAAAAUGGAUAAAAGCUGAGAAAUCAAUUAGGCAAAGAAAAGCCAAAACAUAGCUGAAUAAAUGGAUAAUCAAUUGAGUGAAUAAAGAGAAGACAGAGCACAUAAAAGGUGAAUGGUAACUGGAUAAACAAUAGAUACAACUUCAGUAAGAAACUGAUAUGGUGAGAAAAACAAUAAAAAGAAGAGCAGAGAAUGAUGUUGGAUCGUGCAGAAUUAGGACACUGCUGAGUAAUGAGACAUAAGUAGAAGAUCGCAAACUGUUGAGGCAGGCCAACCCCACAGUGAUUUUAUUAUGUAACAUGCACAAGUUGCACAUACUGGAUGACAUAGCAAAAGCUACGUUUUCUACUCAGGCAUUGGUUUCUUUAAAAGUUGUUUGACUAUGAGCAAUGUGGCAAUAAUGUCUGAGCUGAUUUAUUUUAGUGCAGCAAUGUCUGUGCAUGUAAUGCAUGUAACGGCACAAGUACUCACAGUGGGGAAAUUUCAUCUUCAGUAUUGGUUUGCAAGGAUAUCGGUAAAUAAAAUCUGGCUAAAUAUCAGCAAUACUUGACAUUCGAACAUUAUACCUAUUCUGUUAGUAAAUAGUGAACUUUGUGCCCACACAGGGUAUGUUAAUCACGUUACAAUAAAAUAAAAUAAACCAAG